AUGGCUUCCAAUCCACCAGCAGAAUGUUGUGUUAGGGGCUUCAUCCACGAAGGCACCGCUAAGGGCGAAACCAAGAAGAUAGGGGGCACCAACAUCUACUUCUCGUACCCCAAGGAGUCUAACAAGAAGGCUGGCAAGGCGGUUCUCAUCCUCUCAGAUGUGAUGGGUAUCCGCAUCAACUCGCAGUUAAUUGCGGACUACCUUGCAGCCUGUGGCUAUCUCACGGUGAUGCCGGACUUGUUCCACGGCGACGGUCUGACGCCCGACAGUUUCAAACCUGGCUCCGGAUUCAACCUCCAAGAAUGGCUGGCGAAGCAUCCGACCGACGUGGUUGAUCCUGUCAUUGAGUCGACUGUGAAGUUGCUCCGCGAGGAAUACAAAAUUGAUAAAAUCGGAGGCGUGGGAUACUGUUUCGGCGGCAAGUAUGUAUGUCGUUUCUUGAAAGAUGGCAAGAUAAAUGUUGGCUACACGGCACACCCAUCGUUCAUCUCACGCGAGGAGCUAUCUACUAUCCAGGGGCCCCUAUCUAUUUCUGCUGCUGUUAACCAGCUCCUGUUUGGCCGAGUAGAGGUUGACGAGAUCUUAACCACGGCCCUACGCCACGAGUCCGAAGAGAUUCUGGCAAAGGUCGGCCUGCCCUACCAAUUGACCCUGUAUGGGGGAGUAUCACACGGGUUCGCUGUUCGUGGUGACUUGUCUAACCCAGAUAUUAUGUUCGCAAAAGAACAGGCAUUGGCUCAGGCGUUGGCCUGGUUCGGUCAAUAUCUGUGA